GUUUGCUGGGAUGGAACAGUGGGAUAAGGUGGGAUUCGGGGCUCUCCAUCCAUCCCAUCCCCAUCAGGGAUUCUCUGGGCUAGAUCUUCCCCAUUGAGGGCAGGAGGGUGGUGCUGGGUGGUGCUGGGUGAUGAUGGUUAAUGAUGAUUGGUGAUGGGUGGUGCUGGGUGAUGAUAAUGAUGAUUGGCGAUGGGUGGUGAUGGUCUCUUCUCAUGCUCUGGAUCGCUGGAGCAUUCCCAAACCUGCCCUGGGGUUUCCUCCUCCUCCUCCCGCCUUCCCCCAUCCCCACUUUGGUGCUUUGGGAUCUAAUCGCGAUCUUUGUCCUUUGGGAUCUGAUCCCAGCUCAUCCCCAUGGGCCCCUCCCUGCUGCCGCAGAAGGCGCCGGAGCUGAAGCUCCUUUGGUGUUUCCUCAUCCGAGCUCUUGCGCCAUGAGGCCGUGGCUCCGGGGGGAAGUGGGGCGAGGAAGUGGGGCAAUGCCGACUUCCUGGUGGCCAUGGAGACCAUAGGGGGACCAUGGGCAGGGCCAAGGGGCCAGUGCCACACAUUGAGGAGCAUCUCGUGGCGCUGCUUUGGAGGAGCUUCCGCAAGGGGAGAGACCUGUUGUGGGGAUGCCCCAUCUCCAGGUUGGACGGGGCUUUGAACCAACCCAUCAUAGGAGGUUGCACUGGAUCAUCUUUGAAAGUCCUUUCAACCCAAAACCCAGUGUGGGGCUUUGAGCACCUUCGUCUGCUGAAGAUGCUCCUGCCCAUGGAUGAUCAUUGAAGGUCCUUUCAACCCAAAACCCAUUGUGGGACAUGAUAUAUGGGGCUUUGAGCACCUUGGUCUAGGUAAGAUGCCCCUGCCCAUGGUGCGGGGGGUGGAUUAGAUGAUCAUUGAAGGUCCUUUCAACCCAAAACCCAUUGUGGGACAUGAUAUAUGGGGCUUUGAGCACCUUGGCCUAGGUAAGAUGCCCCUGCCCAUGGCGCGGGGGGUGGAUUAGAUGAUCAUUGAAGGUCCUUUCAACCCAAAACCCAUUGUGGGACAUGAUAUAUGGGACUUUGAGCACCUUGGCCUAGGUAAGAUGCCCCUGCCCAUGGUGCGGGGGGUGGAUUAGAUGAUCAUUGAAGGUCCUUUCAACCCAAAACCCAUUGUGGGACAUGAUAUAUGGGGCUUUGAGCACCUUGGUCUAGGUAAGAUGCCCCUGCCCAUGGUGCGGGGGGUGGAUUAGAUGAUCAUUGAAGGUCCUUUCAACCCAAAACCCAUUGUGGGACAUGAUAUAUGGGGCUUUGAGCACCUUGGUCUAGGUAAGAUGCCCCUGCCCAUGGUGCGGGGGGUGGAUUAGAUGAUCAUUGAAGGUCCUUUCAACCCAAAACCCAUUGUGGGACAUGAUAUAUGGGGCUUUGAGCACCUUGGCCUAGGUAAGAUGCCCCUGCCCAUGGUGCGGGGGGUGGAUUAGAUGAUCAUUGAAGGUCCUUUCAACCCAAAACCCAUUGUGGGACAUGAUAUAUGGGGCUUUGAGCACCUUGGUCUAGGCCGGGAGCUUGAGGAUGGACUUCUCCAUGGCCAACUACACCUACAACGACUCCAUCUGGGAUGACUACUCCAUAUACGACCUGGACGACUACACGGUCCCGCACAGCUACCGCGCCGUGCUGGCCCUUUACGCCCUCAUCUUCCUCCUUGGCGUCCUGGGCAACGGGGCCGUCAUUUGGGUGACGGCUUUUGAGCUUCGGCGCACGGUCAACGGCGUCUGGUUCCUCAACCUCUCGGUGGCCGACCUCUUGUGCUGCCUCGCGCUGCCCUUCCUGGCGCUGCCGCUGGCUUGGGACCACCACUGGCCUUUGGGGCGCUUUGCCUGCAAGCUCCUGCCUUCCCUCACCGUGCUCAACAUGUUCGCCAGCGUCCUGCUCCUUACGGCCAUCAGCGCCGACCGCUGCGCCCUGGUCACCCGCCCCGUGUGGUGCCACAACCACCGGCGCCCGGCGCUGGCGUGUGGGGCGUGCGCGGCUGCCUGGGGCUUGGCCGCCCUCCUCACCCUGCCCUCCUUCAUCUUCCGCACCACGCGCCACGACGCCUUCGCCCUCAAGACCACGUGUGUCCUGGACUACUCGGCCGUCGGGUGCCACCAGCGCGUCACCGAGCUGGUCACCGCCAGCGUCCGCUUUGUCUUCGGCUUCGUGGUGCCCUUCGUGGUCAUCACGGCUUGUUAUGGCUUGCUGCUGGCGCGCGUCCACAGCAAGGGCUUCACCCGCUCGCAAAGGGCCACAAAGCUCAUCUUGGUGGUCAUCGUCAGCUUCUUCGUGUGCUGGCUGCCCUACCACGCCGUGGGCUUGAUCCUGGCUUCCUCCCACCCGCGCAGCGCCUUGUUCAAGGGUGCUUUGGAUGCGGAUCCCAUCGUGGCCGGCAUCGCCUACAUCAACAGUUGCAUCAACCCCAUCAUCUACGUGGUGAUGGGGCAGGACUUCAAGGCCAGGUUCUGGCAGUCGUGGCGGGCUGUGCUGCGGGGAGUGCUGAGCGACGAGCCCACCAGCACCACGGGUGACAGCAGGGCCAAGACCAAGUCCACUGCGGAGGACAACAGCGUCAGCACCAUGGUGUGAGCCCAAAAUGAGGUGGAACAUCAGUUGUGUUGCUUGAGGCCAUGCAGAGAUGAUGAUGUCUCCUUUGCCCCCUUUCCUCACCAGCUGCCCCACGUUGUGUGUGCCGUGGGGACCUCCUCCCCCCCUUGGUGGCCUGCCAGCAGCAUGAGGCCCUUGUCCUUGCACCCAACACCAUGUUUUCCUGCUCCUCCAGCCUCGGAAUGGCCCCUAUGUCCAGCUCCAACCUGCUGUCAGCCCCAUAGGAGCUGUUCUACGUUCCAGCCCUACAUCUAAGAUCCACCACCAAUAAACCUUGAAGCUCCACCAAGCCUU